AUGGCCAAGCGACAGGCGUCAGAAGCCCUGGACGAGCUCGCGGGCGUCGCGUCGCCCGCCUCGAAGAAGUCGCGGACCACGGAGCUCGACUCGCCGCUGGCGCAGCAGCUCGAGUCGGACCAGCCGCAGGACAACAGCCGCGAGCCGCAGAACGGACGGAUAGACGGCGGCGGCGAUGACGAAGACGGAGACGACGACCUGAUCGACGACGACACAGAGCACCCGCUGCGGGCUGCGAUACGGCAGAACGCGCCCACCGAGGGCUACGACGACCUCUACCUCGACACCAUCGACCGCAACGUGCUCGACUUUGACUUCGAGAAGCUAUGCUCCGUGUCGCUGUCCAACAUCAACGUGUACGCGUGCCUCGUCUGCGGCAAGUACUUCCAGGGCCGGGGCCCCAAGUCGCACGCCUACUUCCACUCCCUCGACGAGGACCACCAUGUCUACAUCAACCUCGAGACGCAGCGCGUGUACGUGCUGCCCGAGGGCUACGAGGUCAAGAGCAAGGCGCUCGACGACAUCAAGUACGUGUCGGACCCGCGGUACACGCGCAAGGAGGUGAUGGAGCUGGACCGCGUCGACCGCAAGAGCUGGACCCUCGCGGGCAAGCAGUACACGCCGGGCUUCGUCGGCAUGAACAACAUCAAGGAGAACGACUACCUCAACGUCGUGGUCCAGGCGCUGGCGCACGUCGCGCCCCUGCGCAACUACUUGCUCCUCGAGGACUUUUCCUCCAAGACGGAGCUCGUCCGCCGCUGCAGCAUCCUCUUCCGCAAGAUCUGGAACCCGCGCGCCUUCAAGGCCCACGUCUCCCCGCACGAGCUCCUCCAGGAGAUCUCCCUGCGCUCCAACAAGCGCUUCACCCUCACCGCGCAGUCCGACCCCGUCGACUUCCUCUCGUGGUUCCUCAACAACCUCCACCUCGGGCUCGGCGGCUCCAAGACCAAGCCCGGCAGCUCCAUGGUCCAGCGCACGUUCCAGGGCAAGAUGAAGGUCGAGUCCCAGGCCAUCACCGCCCGCGCCGACGCCGGCGACAAGCUGCGCUUCGAGGAGGCUGCCGACGUAAAGGUGGACAUAGUGCGCUUCCUCCUCCUCACGCUGGACCUCCCCUCGGCGCCCCUUUUCCAGGACGAGCUCGAGAAGAACAUCAUCCCCCAGGUACCGCUGACGACGGUCCUCGGCAAGUACGACGGCCAGCGCGCGCAGGAACACCACGCCCAGCGCAAGCGCUACCGCCUCCUCCACCCCUUACCGCCCUACCUGAUGCUCCACGUCAAGCGCUUCUCGCAAAACAAGUUCGUCUCGGAGCGCAACCCCACCAUCGUCACCUUCGACGCCCGCAACCUCGACAUGUCGCCCUACGUCGAGCCCAACCCCGCCGAGUGGCCCCCCAGCGAGCCCAUCUGGUACGACCUCGUCGCAAACGUCGUCCACGAGGCCGUCCGCAAUAGGGAGGACGUGGCCGACACGGGCGAGGAGCGCAAGACGUGGAAGGUCCAGGUCAAGGACAAAGCUACGGGCCAGUGGGUCAUCUGCCAGGACCUCUACGUCGACAAGGUGCAGAGCGAGCUGCUGUACCUGGGCGAGACGUAUCUGCAGAUCUGGGAACGGAGGAGAGAGCCCAAGGGCAAGGGCAAGGAGAAGGCAUAG